AUGGAGAGAAAAAUCGCCCUCUGCGUGUCCCAGUGGUCCGCGGACUCAACCUUGUAUGCAUGGUCUUACGCCAAGCAAUAUUUUUUGAGGAAACAGCGAGAUGCCAGCGGCGCUGAGGUGCUGAGCAGCUUGGACAAGCUCUACAUUGUGCACGUGUGGAAAGAUGGCAAGAAGGAAAAGGAGAAAGACAAGGACAAGUGGUGCGGCGGAGGACCUCUCCUGCCCAGCAUGCGGGUGGCACUCGCCAAAUUCCCUCACCAGAUUGUCGACCUGGAGAAGCUGGUGCAGCCUGGAGGCAUGGGCGCCUCCACAAGUGACACUGUCAAGAGCAAAUCCAAGUGCCCCUGCCUCAUUGUCCGCCCUGCGUCGGCCAGGAAUGAGAAGAUGCGCAUCAAGUCCAACGCCAACCUGGGCACCCUCCUGGAUGCAGAGGCGCGGGGCCGGCACAUGGACGGGGCGCUGGCUGCGCGGCUGAAGACAACAUCGAUGGUGCUGCCGGGGACUGACGAGCUGCGCAAGGUGUGCCUGGCGUUUGAGAGCGUGGAGGUGGGGCAGCACAUGCUGGCCUGGGCCACCAAGUACUGCCUCUUCCCCGACGACGAAGUCUACAUCGUGCACUGCCUCAGCAAGUCGCUCAUGAAGCUGGCCAACAAGCGCGGCAACGAGGUGGGGCCCGAGGUUGUGGAAGAAGUGGAUGGCGACGCAGUCAACGUCGUGUCAAACACUCAGCUCAAGGAUGAGCCAAAGUCGGGGCUGUGUGACUUCCUGGAGGAGAACAGCAUUGACCUGGUCAUUGUGGGCUAUGUCUCAACGUCCCGGCUGCGCAAGACGCUGAAUCUGGGCCAGGCCAGCCUGUCAUCACACCUGUUGCACCAUGCCCCCUGCCCAACCCUGGUCAUCCCCUUCAAGAGCCUGAGCUCCGAGGGCUCCGUCCCCGAGGCGCUGCCAGCACCGGCGGCCAUCGGAGAGCAUGUGGCGGCGGCUGAGACCAGCCCGCGCGAUGCCGGCCCCGACGCGUCCCCAGCCGCCCGCCCCAGCAGCGCCGGCGGCGACCGGCCACGGCGUCCCUCCAUCGGGAGCCCGGGUGCGUCGGGCACGUACCCGCUGGCGAUAGUAUCGGACGAGGAGACGGAGGCCGGCAGCGCGGGGCGGCCGACGCGCGCACACUCUCUGCGCAACGCGCUGCAGUCCUGGCGCUCCAUCCGCACCGCCCUCGGCGACCGCCACAGCGCGCACGCAUCUGCCUUCGCCGCAGCCGCCGGUACCAGCGGCGACGCCGACGAUGACGGGAACGCCCCGGCACAGAAUGGAGGAAGGCGGGGCAGCAGGGGGGCGUUGCCUCCGCCGGAAACAGACUCCGGAGCCGCAGCGCAGUACAAACGACGCAUUGAAGAGCAGGAACACGAGAUUGCAACACUGCGGGAGAAAGUACAGGAGCUGGGAGAGGCACUGGCGCGUGCAAAGGUGGGCCAGUACGGCUCUGAGACAUGA